AGAAUAAAACGGUGUAGUAGGAAUAAAUAAACAAAAACAUAUUUCACAGAUGAACAGAGGAUGCAUGAAGCCAGUAGGUAAAUAUUAGUUGAUAAAGGUUGAAAACGUUUACAGACUGCGAAGCUUAAACAAACAGGCCUUGCAAGAAAAAAAUGGAUAAAGACACAGAUGGGAAAAAAAACAAGUUAAUCUUUACAUCAGAAUGUCUGUACAAGGUGCGGUUCCACUGUGUGCAAUGCACACAUCCUGACCCGAGCCGGUCAAUCAGCCUGUGGGACAAACCAUAAUCGCUGUGUGCUUGGCUGAUGCUGCUGCUGGGUUUUGUUUGUAGAAAUAUUAUAUCACUUGAGACCAGUCAAAGCUAUGUAUGUAUGUUGAACUUCUUUCACAGCAUACGUAGCCAGCCGUGCUAAUUCGAAGUGCAGGGGAAGGACAACAAACUAAACACAAAUCAGUUUUAGCUAACACAGUGCGUGUCUGUAACGCCACGUCUACACAGGUGAGCAACGGCCGCCGUGUGGAACAUUCCAGGGCGUGUCUCGAGGUAUUUAUAACUUAACUGCAGGUAAAGUCAGGUCAUUUCCUUGUUCGUCUCCGCUUUGUGAGCUGCUGCUGCCGCUGCGAUAGCUCCUGAGCCGCGGCGAGCGACUGAGUCCGAGUGAAGUUAUGGGCCAUGGCGAGCACGUCUCCCAGUGAUUGUGUAGACAGUGAGCUGAGCUGCCCCAUCUGCCUGGGCACGUUUGAGUGCCCCUCCACGCUGAGCUGCGGACACUCGUUCUGCCUCCGGUGUCUGGACGGUGCCUGGGAGAGAGCAAGCAGCUUCAGCUGCCCGCAGUGCCGAGCGGCCUUCCCUGAGCGACCCCAGCUGAAGAGGAACGUGGCGCUCGCAAACCUGGUGGAGCAGCUCAGAGUUGGAGAGAGGAUGGCCGCAGUUGUCUUCUGUGACACCUGUGGUGAUGGGGAGACUCGUGCAGUGAAGACCUGCCUCAGGUGUGAGACUUCCUUCUGUGAGCCCCACCUGAAACCUCACCUGAACCCGAGAUUGAUGGACCACGUCCUGGUGGCUCCCAUUGUCAGCCUGGAGGAGCGAAGUUGCCAGCAGCAUGGAGACCCCUACAGGUUCUUCUGUAAGCAGGAUGAGAGCCUCGUGUGCAGGGACUGCACCAUCGCAGGAGACCACAUAGGACAUCGGGUAAUCACGCUCAAGGAUGAGCACGAGACACGUAAGAAUGGAGUCGGAGAGGAGAUGCGAGAGGUGGAGGAGAAGAGGAGAGAGGCAGAGGCGUCCAUGGGACGGAUGAAGGACGCCCACAAGGACAUGCAGGAUUGCAUGGUCCAGACAAAGGCUCGUAUCUCAGGCAAGUUCAACCGCAUGAGGGCAGUGCUGAAUGAGGACGAGAAGAUGGCUCUGGAUCACGUGGACGUGAAGGGGCGCGAGCUGCUGUCCCGGAUUGAGGAGAACAUCGCUCAUUAUGAGCGCGAGAUCAGCGAGCUCCAGGCCGCAGCCACGCGCCUGCGUGCUCUGCAGGAGGAGAGGGACUCGCUCACGUUCCUGAAGGUUCACCUGAAGGAGAGAAACUGGAGAAGCGCUCAGAAGGAAGCUCCACACUCAUCUCCCAGCAAAGAAGACAUUGCCACGAUCAGCGCACAGCAGGGAGAUCUGGUUAAACUGCUGCCGCUCAUGUGUGAGUAACACGGACUCAUGCCACGUGUGCAUGUAUGUUAUUGCGUAUGUAAUCGUGUCUGUGUAUGUAUCGAUUAAAUGGAGCGUGUGGGAAGUGGUAGUCUAGCAUUUGGCAUGC